GAAGAAAAUCGGGUUUCCUGGUGGACGACGGCAUAACCGAGGCGGCCGGACCUUUUAAAUGAAUGAAUGGUACCUUGGUAAAUGCUCCAACGGGCGGAACAAAAAUGGGGUCCGAACCAAAACCCACGGGCCGAGUGGAUGAAUCGGAUCAUCUUCAUGAUCAUCAGAAUCAGGAAAAGUACGCUCCUUACGUUAGGAGCGACUCCUACGGGAUUCAGGGCCGGGGAGAGAUUCCAUGGACGGAGAAGAUUUUGCUGGCGGUGGCGCUGGUGACUCUUUUGCCCUUGAGAGUGGCGGCGGCGACGACCCUUCUGCUGCUCUGCUACUUCACCUGCAGGAUUUGCACCGCAUUUUCCGCCCCAAACGAGCAGGGGAACUAUGCGCACUUAGGCGGCUGGAGAAGGAAAGUCAUUAUGACGAGCGGCAUGUUCAACGCCAGAGGCAUCCUCUUCGCCUUCGGGUUUUAUCGCAUCCACCAUACCCGCCGCCGCGAUCAGUCUUACGACGACAAGGGCAGGACUGAAGAAGCUGGAAGGGCAGGGGUGAUAGUGUCCAAUCAUGUAUCUUAUACCGACAUCUUAUACCACAUGUCUUCUUCUUUUGCUAGCUUUGUUGCUAAGAAAUCGGUGGCUAACCUUCCUCUUGUCGGCCUUAUCAGCAAAUGCCUUGGAUGUAUCUAUGUGGAGCGAGAAUCCAAGUCGCCGGACCUCAAAGGUGUCUCAGGUGCAGUAAACCAAAGAAUACAGGAAGCUUAUCAAAACAAGUUUUUCCCCAUGGUUAUACUUUUUCCAGAAGGUACAACAACAAAUGGAGACUUUCUGCUUCCAUUCAAAACUGGUGCAUUUGUGUCAAACGCUCCAGUCCAUCCUGUCAUCAUUCGAUACCCAUACCGGAGACUUAGCCCUGCCUGGGAAUCCAUAUCAGGGGCUAGGCAUUUGAUUCUCCUUCUCUGUCAGUUUGUAAAUUGUAUGGAAGUGACCUGGUUACCAAUAUAUUAUCCCUCACAACAAGAAAAGGAAGAUCCUAAACUAUAUGCAGAUAACGUGCGCAGAUUUAUGGCUCACGAGGGAAGUCUGAUACUCUCGGAUAGUGGAUUGGCAGAGAAACGAGAAUAUCUUACUGCCCUUAAUGAUUAUAGAAGCAUUUGCACUGUUAAUAAUCAUCAGAAAGAAGAUUAGUAUCGCUUUUUCCGGGGAGAAACCUAAUGAUUGUUUUAUCAUACACAAGAGCUAGUUGUUAUUGCAUUCCCAAUGUAAGAAAGAAGUCAGUUAUUUAUUGCUUUUUUUAAGCAAUGAAACAUUUAAUAUAUCAC